AUGUUCAAGGCCGAGCUACAAAAACGCGGCAAAUUCAAGUGUUUCAUCUCAAACGAGCACGAUGACGAGGCUCUGAUGUUUAAAUUCUACCGACCAACUGCCAUAUUCUACGCUUUAUUUUGGCCAGCCGUUACCUUUUCGGUAUCCCUCCUCACAAUAAUUGGCAUCUACGUCGUGGAUCAAUGCAAGGUCUGGCAAUCGGACGCUCUUUGGAUUGCAUGA